AUGGAAACCACCUUGGUCAGCUGCGCCCUCCUCGUCCCCUUGAUCAUUUCUGCCGAUAAGUCCUCUUUGUCUUCAUCAGAAAACGCAGCUUCCAGUAGUCCCGUUCAAGUCAUUACAGCAAUUUUGCGAAUUCUCGGCGAAAAAGUGGCCUUUGAACAUUUUUAUCGAUCAAAUCUGAAUUCUGACAAGAAGAAAGAUGAGUUUCUGCCGGUUCUUUUUCGGAUUCUCGGGAAGAUGCUUGAUGGAUACGAAGAAACGAUGGAAAAUGAUGAGGAAAGAAGAUUGGUUUUUAUAUUUGGUCAUUGUUUAGGAAAUUUCCUGCUGUCAUUGUUGGGCCGAAUAGAAAUGACCACAGAUUUGUGGAAACAAACGAUUGUUCUGUCCUCAAGAAUCUGUCUCGGCCCCGAUUUUCAAAUGGAAUCUUGGGUACUCCCGCCUUCUGAUAUCAGAAAAACCUCGCUGGGGAUUAUUUUGGAUUUGAUAAAGACGGACAAAGAGACCGAAGAAGUUUCAAAGGAAAAUAUCUCAAAGUUGGAGAGAGACUUCCUCAACAGCAUCGUUUGGCUCUUUUCGAAGGGAAAAGGAGAUGUGAAGUAUGUUCUGCUCGUCAAUCAAAUUCUUUCUGAGUGGGUGCAAAAGAACAUAAACGACCACCCAGAAGGUCACAAAUUCGUCUCCCGCCUCACUGGAGCAAUGAAGCUGCUGCUCGACUACCGCGACUGUGGUGACAAUCGAGUCGCUCAAAUCGCCGGUCUCGUCAAUCUCGCGCAGUUCUUCUUUCGCUGCUCGAGAGUCGACCUCUACCGCGAUUAUCUAUUCAAGCUUUAUGAUGUGCAACUCGGGCAGAACGCGAGACUCGAAGCGGCAAACUGCUUGACGAAAAUAAACGAAACCUUGAAAUUCGAAGAAACGAGCGCCGCCGGCGAAAAAUUUUCAGAAGACUGGGCGAGGAAAAUGUUCCCUGAGGCGAGUACAGAACCGGAAGUGAAGGAACUACUCAUCGCAGAGACGAUUUCAAUGAUGGAGGACGCGAAAGAAUUCUCCAAAGCGAUCCAGCUUUGCUCUGCUCUCGAGUCAUAUUAUUCCGAGUUGGAGGAUUCCGCCCAAAUCGCAGAUAUUCUCCGAAUAAGAUCUGGCCUUAUCGCCCGAGCGCCUCAAUCAGAAACCGCCUAUUCCUUCUUUUACCUCGGUUUUUGGGGAAAUGGUUUUCCCAAGAACUUUCAAAACGUCCAGAUGAUCGCGAGAGGGGAAGAAUUAGAAAGACUGGAGGAUUUUCAAGAGUCGGUGCUUGAAUGGUUUCCGAAUGCGAAAUUGAUCCUCAACUCCGACCUGAUUUCCGAAGAGAUCAAAAAGAGUCAAGAAAUGCAUGUGCAGAUUUUUCCUGUCAAGGCAAAGCCCUUUCAUGGUGAUGCCCACGGAUUGAGGCAAUUUGAACACAGGAAGAAAUUUUCCAAAUCACCAGGAAUCGAAAACGCCGCUGUCGAGGAAAAAACCUUCAUCACAGUCGAUUCCCUCCCUGGAGUCUCAACCCAUGUCAAAAUCGGUCACGUGACCACCAUCACCCGGCAACCAAUCGAAGUCGCUCUUGAAGCGAUAAGGUCGAAGAACGAGGAAAUCAAGAAAACUGUCAAAACUAUCCUCACUUCAAACGGCGACAAUGGUCACUUAGGAAUGCUCCUGCAAGGAACGAUCGACGCAAGAGUCAACGGAGGGUUGAAAAUCUACGAAGAUGCAUUUUUGAACGAAAAUAGCGAAAUUCCUUCCGAGUUCCAGAAGCAGCUGAAAAAAGUGAUCCGGGAUCAGAUUCCUAUUCUCGAAAAAGCGCUUGUUCUUCACGGCAAAAACAUUUCUUCUUCCCUCCUCCCUCUUCACAAAAACCUUUUGGAGAUGUUCGAAAAGAUGAAGUCUGAAAUCAUUUCAAAAUACGGCGCUGGCGAACCUUGGGAACUUCCAGUAAGAAGAAGAUGUUUGAGAAAAAUCCGCGAUCCAGAGGAAUUCUCGAUCGAAAGUUGCUCUAGCUCUGAAAUCAGAAAAACAGAAGCUGGAAACAAUCGAAAGACAAGGCCGGUCAGUUGGAUGGAAUCGACGCAUAAUAUCGCGCUCUCAGCUUACGGCGGAUCGGAACAAUCCCUCUCCGAGCGUGGCCGGCGGCGAAGGUCAAAACCGACCGAAUGGUUCAGCCAGCUCCUCGGCUCGCAAAAGAAUCUAAACGCCUUGGACAAAUCGCAACAGAUGGUUCUCCAAGAGAAUAUUCAAAACAUCCGCCCAAGGAGGCCUUGCUCGUUACCAAGAUCGCCGAAGCUCAAUGGAGAGCGCUCGCCGAAACCUGAGAAGAGUCAAAAAAUGAAAGUUAAAAAUAUUCCACUGAGAUGA